GGUCGUAGCUAGUGAGUUAGAGUUGUAGUGUAGAAUGAGUUGAGUGAUGUGAGGGUGUAGUGAGACGACCUUCAUCUAGACCUUGUGAUUGUGAUUGUGUUGAUAACAAACUGAUAAGCUGUGGUCCUCUUGGGUCCCGUCAUCGUCGGCAGGUGCGUGUAUGCUGGAGCGUCGUCCAGGGCUUGUGUUGCAGUUGCUUUUAUCAGGCGCCUCAUACAGGGACACCGUCUUCCUCAGCCAAGGUAGCAACAUGAUCGGUGCAAUGCCCGCGGUCGCCGUGCGCCACGAGAGACGGCGCCAGGAGAAGAGAACCAAGCGACCGAGUCUGUUGUACCUACAGUCUCCGCCAAGCCGCUCCCCCACACCCAGCCCCCUGCAAAGCCCCCCGUCCGUACCCUGCAGUGAGCCCCCGCCAGAGAUAUAUGUCUGUGGCAAGGUCUCUGUGCUUCACAUCGUCGUAGUCUCAUUGCUCCUGGCUGCUGUGCUGCUGAUAGUUGGCCUGGUGCAGCUCAAGCCCGGUGCAGACGCCUCGCAGCACCGCUUCCUGCUGCUAGGUUCCGGCGCAUUCCUACUGCUGUUCGGCAUCGUGCUGGCCAUGGUGCGGUGCUGCGUGCUACCUUGGGCCAUCAAACGCCGCCACAGACGUCGGAUCAGAAAAGGAGUGUCGGGGCUGGAAGCAGGUAAGCAGCCCAGAUCCAGUCUGGAUGUUGUACCUCACGACACACCCCAGACCCCCGGACCUCAAACACCCGGACCUCAGACACCCGGACCUCAGACACCCGGACCACAGACACCUGGACCACGCAGCAACAGAGGGAGUGUUCCCAACGACCAUCACCAACAGACUGUCUAGAGGUGUCUGUACAAGCUGCUCUGCUCUCUGCUUGCCAAUGUCCACUGCAGACAAGUUCCUUUUAGUGUUUUGUACUGACAUUCGUUGUUCGUCCGGACCCGCUCAAAUUGAUCAGCUGAUUCACCGACACAACUGGAUACAAAUUGUGAAAUACUACUGUUUGAAUAUGGGGUUUGGCUAUGAAUUUACCACAUCGACAAAGUUCUGUAGCAAGAGUAUCAGUUAAAGUCUGAAACUGUUUGUAAUUUUAAAACUUGGGGUCCAAAGCAAACGUACACAGGUUUUUCUACUGUUCAAAUGGUGAUUUUGACCUAAUACUUCCGAUAAACAUAGAGGACAAAGAAACAAGCUUAAACAGGCACCUUUAAAAUAUUCAGUUUUAAUAUAAUCAUAAUUUUCGAAACUGGGUGAACCCUAAUUGUUGUACUUUUUAAAAUAUUGAACAUUUCUGAAAUGGUAAAAAUAUAACAAAUGAAAAUGUCUAGAUACAUCCCACAAAUGAACACUUGCUUGCCACAGUUUACAUGUACUUCACAAUUUGUAUUACAUUUGCAUCAAACUUAUUGAAUAUAGCUUGUAAUGAAUGAUAAUUUACAAGAGUUUAUGUUUCUUGUCAGGUUUUAUAUAUAUUUUAAACGACAUUUAUAAUGGAUGGGAAUUCAAUUGUAAGACUAUUUGGGUUUUACAAUAUGCCUAUGGUUUAAAUAGUAUAAAAUUCACAUGUUAACUGGGUAACAAUGCCUAAACUGGGUAUUACUUGUAAACUAACUUCGAUCAGGUCACAUGUGUAAAUUCCAUUUUGUCAAACAACUGAUGAGGCACACAACAAAUUUACCUUAAUGUUCUACUUAUGUGACACAGUAUUAUUUGAGAUUGAUUCAAGAAGACAUCAAAUGCUGGGUCACAAUAUCAGUUUAUGGCCAACUAGUUACUUCUGAAAAACGUAUAUACACAGAUUAUUAUUUGUAAAAUAAAAUAGUUAAAUAGGUACUUAAAAUACAAAGAAAAGUAAUCUUUAAAGAAAAAUAUUUGGUUUGGUGCAAAACAUGAAUAGCUUAUCGCCAAGCUUGCUUAUACUGCAGCACAAAUAACGAGUAUUUAUCUUUGGAGAAGAUACAUUUUAGAUUCCAAGUUUUGAUUUUCUUUCAACAAUAGUUGUAUACAAGGCAUAGUUUAUAUGAGUCUGCAUUGUCAAACCAUGUGAAUUAUCUAAUCACAAUUUGUUUGUUAUGGUUUCCAGUAGAAUUAAGAAUGGAAAUACUUGAUAUGUGAUUUUUUACAUAUUAUAAAUUAUUUUCCACUACACAGUUUUCAUGGCUCACAAUACAGAAUUGCUUUACAAUGUGUAUUGUUCCCACUUGUUAUU